AUGGCAGCAUUUCUUAGAUCACUUCAACUUUUCCUAGCUCUUUCUGUAUUCAUAAAACACUUGGCCUUAGCUCAAGAAGCAAACCAGUUCAUCUACAAUGGCUUCCAAGGAGCAAAUCUAAGUCUAAAUGGGGCACCAAAAAUCCAUCCAAAUGGCUUACCUUCCAAUCAUUUACUUGCCAUUGAGUUAGAUACUGUUAAGAAUCCUGAAUUUGGAGAUAUCAAUGACAAUCAUGUUGGAGUGGAUGUUAACAAUUUGACAUCUAUUGAAUCAGCUCCGGUCACGUAUUUUUCAGAAAAUGAAGCAGAAAAUAAGAGCUUGGAACUCAUUAGUGGGAACCCAAUUCAAGCAUGGAUAGAAUAUAAUCAAUUGGAGAAGCUACUUAAUGUAACAGUAGCUCCUCUAGAAAGUAGAAAGCCAGAAAAGCCUCUUUUAUCGACAAGUAUUGAUCUUUCUUUAGUUUUCAUGGAUUCCAUGUAUGUUGGUUUCUCUGCAUCUACUGGUGUUGCAAGUAACCAAUUAUUAUAUAUUCUUGGGUGGAGCUUUAACAAACAUUGGCGGCAAGCACAAAGUCUUGAUCUUUCAAAGCUUCUUCAUUCUUCACUUCCUCAUGAAAGAAAAUCAAAGGGUAAUCUAGAACUGACAAUUAUGCUUCCAUUGGCAAUUGUAAUUAUUUUUCUGGUAACUAUUUCUGCAGUUAUUUAUAUGAUAAGGAAGAAGAGAUAUGGAGAAAUUCGUGAAGGUUGGGAACAACAAUACGGUCCUCAAAGAUUUCCUUACAAGGAUCUUUAUAAAGCAACUAAAGGUUUUAAAGACAAAGAGCUUCUUGGUUGUGGAGGUUUUGGAAGGGUUUAUAAAGGAGCACUACCUUUAUCUAAUCUACAAAUUGCUGUAAAGAAAAUCUCACAUAAUUCAACACAGGGAAUGAAGGAAUUUGUAGCUGAAAUUGCUAGCUUGGGAAGGCUAAGGCAUAGGAAUCUUGUUCAUCUUUUAGGGUAUUGCCGGCGAAAAGGAGAGCUUUUCUUGGUUUAUGAACAUAUGCCUAAUGGAAGUCUUGACAAGUUUUUAUUUAGCAAUGAAAAACCUAGUCUUGAUCGGUUUCAACGAUAUCAAAUCAUUAAAGGAGUAGCAUCUGCUCUUUUCUGCCUCCAUGAAGAAUGGGAACAAGUUGUUUUACAUAGAGAUGUGAAAGCUAGCAAUGUUUUAUUAGAUUCUGAUCUUAAUGGAAGGUUGGGCGAUUUUGGACUUGCUAAAUGUCAGAACUCAGAACAUGUCUAAUGUAAUGAAAUUUUUUAGUUCAAUUUUUAUUCUGAAACUUUUAUUUUA